AUGAAUGAACCGCUUAUUUUCAGACUUAAAAACACGUCGGUUGCUGUAAUCAUAAAAUGUGUGCCAUAAUGGACUAUUUUGAUCUAAUCUAGUGACGCUAUGCGUCCCUCUCACCCUCACCCGCCUGGGUAUGGAUCGGGUAUAUCUGACGCAAUGCGUCCCUCCCACCCACACACCCCUGCGUAUGGGUCGGGUAUGCCAGUUCAAUAUCUUGCUGGUCGGGGCCCUCACGGAUUACAUCAGGGCAUACAUCAAGGUGGUCAUGUACCAGGUGUACAUCAGGGAGUACAUGGACCUACUGGACAUCAUCCAGGGAUUCACGGCGUACACCAGCGCCCUGGUCAGCAUAUUAAAUAUUAUCCCAGUCUAAGUGGGAGUGAAACUGAUGUGUCCACUUCAACUGAAAAUUUAACCCAGGAGGAGCGGUAUGUGCUCCGUAACAUGGAACGUCAGGAGCCCCAGGGUGAAGAACAGCAUCAUCAAGUCUCACAUCAACAACUCGGUCAUAUUCAUGCUAUGGCCGGGCAUAUACUUCAGUCUCAUGGACAGGCGGGGCCCAGCUACCAUCCGCCCCCACCUUAUUCAGAUAGAUUGAUUGCUCAGCAGAUUGCGAGUAAUAACGCGAGAAGAGAAGCUCUUAGGCUCGACGCAAUGAUCGCAGCUUCUAGACAAGGCACCCCAAUAGGAUCUCCGGGUCCGAAUAUGAGUGGUUUAAGAACAGAGGAUCUGUAUGGAGCAAGGGUAGCGGCCAACUCAAGGUUUACUCCGACCUCCCACUACCAAUCCGUCACACAAGCAGUUCCACACUCGCAGGAAACCAAUCUUUCUCGGCUUGCACCUUCUGUCUACUCCCAUCCUAGUGUCACGGAUCCAAUCCUGAAAUCCCCGAAAUCUUUUUAUCAAGAUCCAUCGGUCCUUGGACCAAAGAAAGGGUUUAAUAUUUCGAGCAGUGGAGCCUACUUCGACACUUCAGCAGUGAGCAAGGACAGUGAUCUUCAGGUUCAAAACGAUAUGAUUGCCCAGCUGACUCGUGAGAUGAGACUUAAUAACAACGGACACUUGUCCGGAGGUUCGGACGUUGAAAGCUCCGGGUCCACCAGUACACUUAACAAUCCUGCUGCUACUGCAGAACGGAUCGCUGCACUCGCUCUGCAAGCUAAAGUUAGUUCCUCGAGUAUACCUGUUCCUGUGUAUAGAUCUAAACAGGUAGACACUCCGACAAAGAUAAAUAAGAACGCUCCACCCCCGCCAUACUCGUCACCUAAUAAAAGUUACCAAGUUAACAGCCCUCUAGAUGCUGUUUCUAAGCUCAAGGUUCAGGAGACUAGAAAGAUGUCUGCUCCCUCUCCCUUGGGUUCAUCUGGUAAACCUGACAACCUACCUCUGCUCUCCUGCUCCCAACCUGAUCUGGCAAACCUGACCAGCACAGAACUCGGAGCACAAGAUACUCAAUUGUCAUCUCAGCUUGAAUCUCUAGAAGCAUCUCCUAAUACCCGUGAUAUGUUCGACACCAUCAACAACGAGAACCGAUCUCUGAAGAUGGAGGUUGAGCUGAUGAGGCGAAGAAUAAACCGUCUGGACAACCUGGAGAAGGAGAUGUUGAAGAUUCACGAGGCGUAUCAGGCUCUCCGGGAGCACUCGGAGAAACGUGAACUCCUGGAAAAGUCUGCUCGGACUAAAUUACAGGCAGAGAUACUGAACAACCAGGAGAUAAAUAAAGAGUUAAGGGAGAGACAUGAUGCUGUCAUGUCACAGAUAAUGUCUGGAGAUACGGGAAAUAUUCCUGGACUGGAUAGUAUACUCCGAGGAGAGAUCCUACGUAAAGACGCACUCAUCACUCAGCUCGCAAACCAGAACAAGGAGCUCCUCAAUGCCAAGGAGAGGCUGGAAGUUGAGUGCGCAGAGCAGAGAGAAACGUUACAGGAGCAGAGAACACAUAUUGACGUUCUUGACUCCGCGCUUUCAAGCGCGCAGAAUAACGUGCUCAGAUUAGAAGACGAGCUCAGACAAAAGGAAGCGUACGCGGAGAGGGUCAAGCAGAUGACUAAAAGUCUUGAACAGCUUCAGGCCGCCAGCGAGAAGAGGGAGGCCAUGGAGAAGAAGCUCCGUGUGAAGUUGGAGGAGGAGUUGAAGGAGUUGAGAGCGGAGCAGGAGAGCAGGGACGGAAGAGAGGACAGGGAGGGAGAGGAUGUAGACUCCCUUGCUAGAAAACUCAGUGAAUCUGAGGAGAAGAUGAUUCGUCUGGAAUCUGAGAAAACUCAAUGGGAGCAAAGGUACCUUGAGGAGAGUGCAAUGCGUCAGGUCGCCAUUGAUGCCGCGUCAUUUCCGAAGGACGCAAAAAUAGCAGUGUUGGAGAAAAACAGUGCAGAGUCUGAAAAGAAAAUCGCCGAAGCGCGUUCCGAGAAAUUGAAACAAAUGGCGGAGGUUCAGGCGUAUCAACGGCGGAUGUUGGAUCUUGAGAUAUCGGUAAAAAAUCUGGAAUCCGCCCUGGCGGAGAGAAACGCCCUGGUCAAGGUUCUGCAGAAGAAAGCGUUUGAGAAACCGACCGACACAGAGAAUGUGCUUUCUAUUCCUAUUCAUGAUACUCUCAACUCUGCCAGUUCAAUUCUGCUACAAUCAAAGCAGCUUUCUACUUCGCAUGUUGGGUCUCCUCUCUCAUAUUCAGGAAACCACGCCUCUCAACAUUCCACACCAGUUUCUUUCUCUAGCCACGCCCCUCAUUCCACCCCGGUGUCCUACUCCAACCACGCCUCUCAGCAUUCUACUCCAGUUUCUUUUGCAAGUCACGCCUCACAGCGUUCGACCCCGGUUCCCUUUUCCAACCACGCCUCUCAGCACUCCACGCCUGUCCCCUUCUCUAACUCUACCCCUAUUCCUUUUUCAAAUCAUGCAUCCCAACAUUCUACACCCUUGCCAUUCUCUCAACAUGGUUAUCCCAGUCCUGUAUCUCAAUAUUCCUCUCCAUUCUCAAUUCACUCACCCACUCCUUACUCGAUGAGCCAGCACGGUGUUGUAACAAGCCAUGCCUCCCAGCUGUCUACCCCUCUUCCCUUGGGAUCUCCUCGGCACGCCGUCUCCGACUUCUACGAGGGUAUCUCGUCCUCCAUGUCCUCUACAGCGCGCGGUCCCUUGGGCAAGUUUAGUAUCGGAGGACGGGUUAGAUCUGGCAGCCCAGCCCAUAUACAGAGAAGUGCCACGCCUAGUGAUAUGCUGAGAUCAGGCACGCCCACAAAUCUGGUGAAGCAGAUACGACGAGACUCUGCUCCUGGAGAUGUAUUCUCUACAUUCUCGGAGGCUCAGUCGCCUGGGAAAACGUUGAUCAACACCUCUGAUCUCUACGGAACAGGAACUACAGGAAGCUCGGAGACUCAGGGUACCUCUGUAAGCACUGGUGGAACUCUGCCGAAAAUGUCGUUUGCCGCGAUGAAGGAGGAAAAUUCUAGGACUCUUCCAACUAAAAACUACGCAAGUUUGGCGGAAAGCCUACGAGCCAGCUACCCAGACGGAGACAUACAACUACCAGACAAACCUAUUAAAAUACUCGAAGACUUCAAUUCAACCAGGAAAUCCGUGAAUUUCGAGGGAAGAAAAUCUGCGAACUUGGACGGAAAUAUCAAUAGUUAUGAGGUCACAAAACCCGCGAGUUAUACUGAGGGUGCUAACAAUACGAUCACAAUCGACGAAGAUUCUAAUCCUGAUAUUUCGAGGAUUGAAAGUGAAGUCUCCCAGCCUGACGAAAGCGUCAACUCGUCUUUACUAGACAAGGACUCCCUUCUCUUGGCCUUGAAGCAAGAGAAGGAAAAGAGACCGGAAAAUUUUUGGCGGGUUUGAACCUAGAUAUAUAUUAAUCUCAAUCUCUUAAAAGGGUUUGAUCGGCUUAAUAUUUAAGUCUGAGCGUAGUAACCUAUAAAUUAAAUAAUUUAAGAUUAGAUUUAGAAAGAAUGAAGAAUACCUUAUAACAUGUUGUCCAAGGGUGUCUUGUCAUUAAAUCAACUUUUAAAUGUCGAGAAAUAUAUUUUAAAAAAUCUUUUGAGCCUGAAUAUUUCCAAACAAAUCUUUGAAAAUACAGCAACGUAGAUACAGGGGUAUAAAUUUUCUUCAAAAAUAAUGCCCCCUCCUAGACUUACAUAAAAGUUUCAUUUUUUUUUGCUGAUUUAGACCUGGAAAUUGAUGAAUGUUUUGGUUAAAAUAUAUCAGAAAGGCGAGAAGAAAAAGAAUUUCGAGUGUAUGUUCAAAUUUUGAUUUUUCUUGCAAAGGGCGGGGUAUUUUUUACUUAGAGAGCUAAGUUUUAAAACUCGCAUUUUGAUGAGACACCCUGACUAUUUGUGACUUAAAUGCCAUGUUUGCCUGGAGGAACCAAAAUAUCAAUCAUUUUAGAAAAGAAAGUAACAAAAUUGUAUAUUAACCAGUAGAUGACCACGUAGAACCUAGCUAACUAGUAUAAAAAUCAAUUUAAAUGCAAUGUUCAUCAUCGCACAAAGAACCCUGUUCUGUACCCAUGUACCCCUCUCAG